UUCUCAUCAGUGUCCAGCCAAAUGGACAACACGUCCGCGCCCCGGCUCGCCCCCUGCAACCUGUCCUCUGCCUCUCCCCCGCAGAACUGCACGUCCUCCGGCUCGGACUUCUCCCUCUGGCUGCCGCUCGUGUACGCGCUCAUCUGCGCGGUGGGGCUCGCGGGAAACACGGUCAUCUGCGUGAUCGCGAGAGCGCCCGGCAUGAAGAGCGUGACGAACGUGUUCAUCCUGAACCUGGCCAUCGCCGACGACCUGUUCGCGCUCGUGCUUCCCGCGAGCAUCGCCGAGCACGUGCUCCGCCGCUGGCCCUUCGGCGAGCUGGCGUGCAGAGCGGUGCUCUCCAUAGACCACUACAACAUCUUCUCCAGCGUCUACUUCGUGGCGCUCAUGAGCGCGGACCGGUACGCGGUGGUGGCGUCCGCGCUGCGCUCGAGACGCGUGGCGCGACGCACGCGCGGGCUGGCCUGGGCGCUGAGCGCGUGCGUGUGGGCGCUCGUCGUGCUCCUCGUGGCGCCCUUCACCUUCUUCGCCGGCAUGCACGUGAGCCCCGGUGACGACAGGCCGAGCUGCGUGCUGACGUUGCCGCGUCCGGAGGCCUUCUGGUUCGCGGCCACCCGGAUCUACACGCUCAUGCUCAGCUUCGUGCUCCCCGUGUCCAUCAUAUGCGUCCUGUACGGCCUCAUGCUCUGCAAGCUGCGGCGCGCGAGCGGCAAAGCGCUGGACAAGGUCAAGAGGAAGGUGACCGUGAUGGUAUCCGUGGUGCUGGCCGUGUGCCUGCUCUGCUGGACCCCCUUUCACCUGAGUACGGUGGUCGCGCUCACCGCGGAGCUGCCCAACACGCCGCUGUUGGCGGGAGUCUCCUAUUUCAUUACGUGCCUGAGUUACGCCAACUCCUGCCUCAACCCCUUCCUCUACGCAUUCCUGGACCCCAGCUUCAGGAGGGAGUUCAGGAAGAUGCUGGACUGCUGACCUCAAACCGUUUCAUGAGGAGCCAAACGCUGAAGGCGAAUUCCACCGACUUUUAAAAAGUGUAGAUAUCUGUAUAAUUAAAUGGUUAAUAUGUAAACAAAGCCACUUGGAGUGAUUUGAUGAGAAAUGCUCUGUUGGAAAGAAACUUGAUCAGAAUUGUUAACAAGGGCUGUGAUGGGAACUGAUGGGAACUCAUGGGAAGCUCCCUCACAGAAAAUUAUUUCCUUAAAUGGUUA